UCAACAUUUUUCAAUUCGGAACAAUUCCAAUCAAUUUUUGAGCCCAACCUUUGGCUCAAUAUCACAUAACAAGUACUACAAAUGGGAACCAUUGUUAGUUCUAUGCAAAAACCAAUGAUGUAUGUCAACAUGGAAAGUCCGCAGGCGCAAUUCGUACGGGAGACAAUCAACAAUCACAAGGUUGUCAUCUUUAGCAAAACAUAUUGUCCCUACUGCAGCAUGGCCAAGGAACAGUUCCGAAAGCUUGACGUGGCCAUGACAGUGGUGGAGCUGGAUUUGCGUCCAGAUGGUGAGGAAAUCCAGGCGGUGCUGGGUGAAUUAACCGGAGCACGGACUGUGCCACGAUGUUUCAUCAAUGGCAAAUUCAUUGGCGGCGGCACCGAUGUGAAGCGUCUCUACGAGCAGGGUGUACUUCAGAGAUACUUUCAGUAGACGGAUGUUGGGCACAUUUCAAUAGCAUUAGCAGUUCAAGUUGUGUUAGAAUUGAGUUGAAUUGGAAAAUAAUAAAAUUAUAAUUAAAAGUA